AACAGUCCAAAACAAAAUCAUUAGAAAAAUCAUCGUUUACCGUGAAAAUAAUAAACCAUUUUAGUGUUCUAAAAAAAUCUCAAACAAUAAGAAUUAUUCAACUUAUAAGUAGGAUCUUGAGAAUCAUUAGUAGUGUAUACUCAAAAAGUAAAUGAAAUUGUCCGCAGAAGUUCGAUCGAAAUCAAAGUGAAAAAUGUUCGGUCACGACAUCCGAAGCUACGAUCUAAAAGUGGAACUGACCAAAUGCUUCAACGGACAUGGAAUCGUGUACCUAGCGCAGCAUCUGCCAUCCAGACAGCAUGUGGCCAUCAAAAAGUUUCUGAUGGAAGAUCUCAAAAAUGACUUCAAUUUUAUUAUGGAAGAAUCGAAGCAUUUGAGAGAGUUCAAUCAUCCCAAUAUUCUAAACUAUCAUACUGCUUUUGUACAUAAUUUGGACCUCUACUUCAUCCUGCCGUUGAUGUGUUUCGGAUCGUGCCGGGAUACAAUGAACAACUACUUCGAGACUGGAUUUCCGGAAACACUACUGGCCUGUAUUCUGCGAGAUGUAAUGCUAGGGCUAGAAUAUCUACACCGGAAAGGCUACAUACACCGUUCGAUAAAGGCCAGUCAUAUCUUCCUGAACGAGUCCCGGGCCAUAAUCGGUGGCUUCCGAGUGUGCACGAGCUUCCUGGGAGAGGGUAAACGGGUGAAGAACCUUCACGAACUGCCUCCGCAAUCGACCAAGAGCCUCAACUGGCUGGCACCGGAAGUGCUAGCGCAGAAUCUCCUUGGGUACACAGAAAAGUCUGACAUCUACAGUUUGGGCAUAACGGCUUGCGAGUUGGCCAAUGGGGUGGAACCGUUCAGUAACUUCCAAUCUACGCUGAUGCUGACGGAGAAGCUACGAGGCUAUCAGCCCCUGCUGCUGGACUGUACGACGAUUCCCAGCGAGGAAGUGUUCGCCCAGGCUAUGGACUCCGGCGUUGCAGGAGACACCAAUUCGUCGCAAACACGUCAAAUCUACGCUUCAAGACAGUUCUCCGAUGCGCUGCACAAGUUUGCCGAGCUGUGUUUGGUUUGCAACCCAACAAAAAGAUCAAGUGCCCUUGAGUUGAUAAAUCACCCGGUAUUCAAGCAGUGCAAGCACACAAGCAUAAGGGAGCAAUUUGCUGCCUGUGGCAUUGAAACGGCAGACUUCAAUACACUAAAAGGUGACGAGUUGAAUUUAACAAACGAAUUCUCAGGCAUGGCGAUGGAUACCAGCGGAGGUAACUUCGAGUGGGACUUUUAGGGAUUGUAUGUAAUGUGUGCUGCUUUGAAGAUGAGCUAGAUAUAAAAAAACCGUAUCCCUACAAAGCGUACACAAUGGUAGAUCUUCCAAAAAAUGUUAACCCACACUCAUACAUCCACACUGCAGCAUUCACAAUCAAAAUUGUACCGUUUAUCCUAAAUAACAUUCGAUGUUACCUGUUUACUUAGUAUAUACUGAUUGCAAAUUUAGUUGUUGGCUUGAUGAAAUCGUUUGUCACAAAAAAAACGUUCUCAUUAUUUUUACUGUGGCAGGAAACUUACAAGUAGUUGAAAAUGGAUACGUUUUAGAUCAGUUAGUGAACUGCAUCAAUAUAAGUAGUGUAUAAAUUAGGCUUUUAUUACUCAUUAAAAUAUAAUAAAGGUUUUAUAUAGAUA